AUGAGUCCACCGAGCCUCCAAACGACGGAGAAGGGCCUCGAGCACUACGAGGCCUAUCUUCGGCGCCAGGGCCAGAGCCAGGUGCGCGGGAUGGAGGCGAUCUCCCAGAGCCUCGAGGAUGCGCCACGCACGCAGGAGCGACGAGGGACGGACGACACCGAGAUGCCACGCGGCGAAACCACACGGGCGCUACAGCGCAGGAGCCCACAGCUUGCCUCAGCGCUGAUGCCGGCUCAGAGUACACUCAUUCGGUUCCGACGGAGGCUGAGAUCCUUGAGCUUUCGGAGAUCUGUCUUGAGGGGGGAAUUGCCCUCGCCGACUUGGCGAAGAAAGCAGAAGUCGGCAAGAUUAGCGGAUCCGUCUUGGACGCGUCAAACGUGGCAGCACCCAGGAUCAAAGCUAUCCGCUGGCGCUCGCGGCAUGGUUGCCAUCCUGCUAACGGGAGAGUGCUGGGUGAGGGAGACCAACAACGUCGCGAUCGAACACUUUUUGCAGUUCGGCGACCUCGCAAUCUUUGCAAUGACUACCACACCAGCGCAUACCUUUGGAGCGCUAGCCGGGCCCAUGCAGCUCGACCCGGCCUCGCCAGGGGCAUCAACAGCAGCGACCGGAAGUGGAGGAGACCAUCGAGACCUGCUAGACAUCACUUCUCCCAAGAGGGGGCGUACCGAAGCGGGGCAAGGGGUCACCCUUGAAGCUAUCCGAGACCUUCUCCGAGGGGAACUCAGCAUGGCUGUGGGACAGAUGAAUGAGAGAGUGGGCACCUUUGAGCAGAAUGUUCAGGCCCAACUUGCCGACACCACCAUGCGCAUACACAACAUGUCGCUUGAGACCGAAGCCAACAAGGAUAAAAUCUCCCAGGUGCAAGACCGCAUGGAGAGUUUGGAGACCCGACUUGCGAAGCUCGAACAAGGAGACACAGCAAAUCCGGAGGGCACUCGCCCACGAGGACCCGCUCUGAUCAUGGGUGGGUUCCACCCCGACACCGAAGCUGAAAAAGUGAUCGAGCAAGCCAAAAAGUAUGUGGAAACCCUCCGCCUCGACCUGGACACCCAAGGCACAUUCGUACCAGGGGUCAGGAGGGGAUACUGCAUCAUCCCUUUGAUCAAGAGGGACACCGAGAGUGAGGAAGAUCAACGUGCUCGAGUCCAGUCCUGCAUCCGACACAUCCGCAACGCCAACAUCUCGGUGGGCACCCGCCAAGACGGCACGCCAUCGCACCUCUGGCUGAACAUCUCGCAGCCACCAGAGAAGAGGCGGAAAGUUCAGGUGGCUGCUAAAUGCAAGCGACUCCUACUUGAACUCGGAGCACUCCCCCAAGACAUCGACACGGAGUACUCGACCGGACAAGUGUGGUUCAAGUCCGUACGAGUGGCCUCAGCCAUCAAUCUGGGGGCACCCAGCCAGUCGACAACCACGGGCACACAAGGCUGGAUCGACCUCCCCACCAUCUCGGCGAAGAUUCAUGUGGAUGUGGGGAGAGUCAAGACGCACUGGCAGCAACUGGCCAGUGCACUCAAGUGA